UGCAAUACAUAGUAUCAUGCUCGGCUGCUUUCAGAGUUGUUUUCCUUCAAGUAGUUUCAUAGACGUUCAAUCAUGGCGUUCCCACGCUCCUCGCUCCAAAUGGGAGAAGAUCGAGCGAGCGUAUCAAUCUCGGAAGAGGCAUUAAUCAAGGAACGGGGGAGACGCCCGACCUUUAUACCAGAGUCUUUCAUGCCUUCAAACAGGAACAAACACCGGAAUUCACAUAGCCAGUCUUUCGAUGAUUAUUUUCUAGGGCCUCGCGAGCUUGAUAGACAUUCCAAAUGGCCGAUGCUUUUUCGAAUACAUGGGAGUUGUGUGCCGGAGUUACUUCUUCCUUUGCUCUUCGUUGCGGCAUGGACCACCAGUAUAUGCCUGUUUUCAAGGCAUGUGCGUGAUUUGGGUAUCUCUUCGACUCUACUCACUGUUCUUGGAUUCAUCGUUGCUUUGUCAUUGUCCUUCCGCAGUUCAACGGCAUACGAGCGAUACAUGGAAGGACGGAGAGCUUGGACAACGUUGACGAUGGUCUCGCAAAAUCUGGCUCGGAAUGUUUGGAUUAACGCCGUGGAGAGGGAGGAGAGCGCGAAAGAUGAUCUACUGGCAAAAGUGACCGCUUUGAACCUUAUAGUUGCCUAUGCACAAGCUCUCAAACAUCGUCUUCGGUUCGAGCCAUACACGCAUUAUGACGAUUUAAGGGACCGAGUAGGGCACUUGGAUACCUUUGCUAAAGAAGCAACUGAACUCGAGCCACAUCGAGACGACGAUCCGCCGACGUUUUGGGAAUCUUGGGGAGAGUAUCUUGCAAUUCCUAUGGCGCUAUCAAACCCGAGAAAGAAGAUUAAAAACGCCAACUAUCCGCUUGGUAAUCUGACUCUCGAGAUUUUGAACCAUUUAACGGUCUAUAUCAACACCAUCAUUGCCGGUGGUUGCUUCAGGGCAAACAUCUACCAGACACAAGCCCUCAACGCUGUCAUGACCAUGAACGAUAUACAAGCCAACACCGAUCGCAUUCUCAACACUCCGCUUCCCCUGGCUUAUGCCAUUGCUAUCUCGCAACUAACCUGGGUGUACAUCCUCAUUCUCCCGUUCCAACUAUACACAACUCUCGGGAUGGUCGCGAUCCCCGGAACGCUAUUCGCCGCAUACAUGAUCCUUGGCUUUGCAUCUAUUGGUCGCGAGAUCGAAAAUCCCUUUGGCCGUGACGUUAAUGAUCUCCCACUCGACGACUUCUGCAAUCAACUCGCUGUCGAUAUUGACAUAAUCAUGGCCACGGCACCAAGAGACUCUGACGUUUUCGUAAAGCAUGAACAGAAUCAACUCAUGCAUCCGCUGAGCCGUAACGGGUAUGAGGCGUGGAGCGAGAGUAGUAUUGACGAGAUCAGGAGCGCAUUGAAGAAAAAGUCGUUAAUAUCUCAGAAGAACGUGCAACCAGGGCUGAGGAGAAGAGAUGAUGUAAUGCAGGGGGAAGGAGACAGGCGGUAUGAGAGAAUGAGAUCUUCGGGAAAUGACGUGGUGUAAGAAGCGAAAAACUGUCAUGGUUGGUAAGAUAUUGUAACAUAGUAGCGACAUUCUCUGAAAAGCAUAUUUGGUAGACAAAAGAAAUGCAGAGAUUAGCUGCAUAAAAUGAGUGUGUCAGGUUAAAUGGAG